AUGCCUGAACUUCUGCCAUACAGUGGAGAUUACUACCUCUGGAAUUAUGUCCCAUCUAUGGCAGCAGCUGUAAUCUUCAUCAUUCUCUUCAUCGCAACAACCGGACUCAACUCUUGGCGUAUGUUCAAGACCAAGACAUGGUUCUGCGUACCAAUGGCAUUAGGUUGCAUCUUCGAAGUUGUCGGAUAUAUUGGACGAGCAAAGGCUGUCAACAGUACCGGGACACUGCUACCAUACGUCUUUCAAAGCUCCUUCACCCUUCUCGCUCCGGCCCUGUUUUCAGCAUCAAUAUAUAUGACACUUGGCCGAAUCAUGCGAUAUGUCAAGGGCGAACACCACUCCCUCAUUAGGAUCACUUGGGUCACGAAAAUUUUCGUCAUUGGGGAUAUCUUCUCAUUUAUGGUGCAAGGAGGCUCUUCUAGUUUGAUGUUCAAUUCCAGCACUGUCAAGAUGGGCGAAAAGGUUGUUUUGGCCGGUCUCUUCAUCCAGAUCAUUUCUUUCGGCUUCUUCUUCGUCACUGCCCUAAUCUUCGAACGCCGGAUGAGGAAAGCACCGACGGCGGAGUCUUUCAUUGUCAAAGCAAACUGGAUACAUUAUCUCUAUGUUCUUUAUGCCAUGAGUGUUCUCAUCAUGGUUCGAUCAAUCUUUCGAGUUAUCGAGUAUGCAGAGGGCCAGACGGGAUACCCCCUGAAACAUGAGUGGACCCUGUACAUAUUCGAUGCGGUACCAAUGUUCAUCGUCACCCUCAUUUUCUUUAUUUACCAUCCAUAUCACCUUCAAGUCCGUACAGGAGCCACCACUUCGAUAGGGAGUGAAGAAGAGGCGCACAGUAUUCAGUUGAUGAACAAUCCAGAACAGAGGCAAGGUCGCAAGGGGAAGCCUUUCGGUGCUGGUAUUGCCACCACAAACGCGAGCUCGGUCACGACCCCAGAUUCAUCUACCACUCCACCCAAUACUCAAAGCAACUCACAAACACCUCAUGGGUUCUCAUUACACCCGGAGACUUCGUCAUAUGUGAAUUUUACACACCUAGAGUUGUUCCAACAUUUUCAAGAUAAUCAAGGUUUCAUAUGGGGUGAUAACCUUACAACACAAAGCUCCAGAACUAACGUACUCAAAUACGCGUUUGUGACCCCUUUUCUCAUGUAUGAACUUCUAGCCUACUCGGCGUUACACAUUAGCAUCAUUCGACCUGAUCAAUUCCAAUUUUAUCACGAUGAAUCGAGGAUGCUACAACAACAAUCACUGAAACUGUUCAAUGAUUCGGUGCAAGAAGUGAACGACGAAAACCUCAUUCCGUCUUUUCUAUAUUCAGGGAUCCUGGGACAUCAUACCUUCGUGGACACAUUCUCCGUGGCCGAUUCAGAUUUGAAUCAAUUCAUUGACAAGUUAGUCCAAGCAAUAAAAUUGAUGCGUGGAGUUCGGGUUUGCUUCACUGGGUGGUGGGAGGUUUUGGAGAAGUCUGAAAUUCGGGGUUUGAUGCAGCAUGGCGAUGGACAUGUGGAGCACACCGACGAAUAUGUGAAGCAUUUCUUGGAACUUCAAGCAAAGCUCCCCGGAAUUCCUGGCAUCGACCAUGUAGAACUCGAAGCGUUACAAGAAGCCGUUCGUCAACUGAAGUGGGUGCAUGUUUCCAGUCUAUUUAACCUUGGAAAUGGCAACCUUGGUCCGACAAUGGUUACAUCAUGGCCGAUCACGCUCUCGCUGGAAUAUUCAGAGCUUCUCUUGAAGAGGAGGCCAGGUGCAUUGGUUGUACUGGCGUAUUUUAGUGUCCUGCUGAACUUGUCUCGGAAACAUUGGGCGGUUGGUAGUGCUGGGAAAUUUCUGUUAGAUGUGGUCGGAACUUGUCUUGGUAAAGAUUGGGAUACAUGGCUGGAAUGGCCUAGAUCGAAAGUUCUCGGAGAUGUUUGA